GAAAGCCAAAUCAAUGCUCAGCAGUUAACUGACUUAGUAGAUCAAUACAAAGAUUAUCUGCCUUCGCGACAGCUCUUCUUUGCCGAAUUUGAGCGUUGGAAGAUGAAGGUGCAAGCUAGGAUAAUUACGGCUGAUUCAUGCGCUGCCUCCUUGAGGGCAUGUGAUCUUGAUGAUUUCCCUAACCUGUACAUUCUUCUCAAGAUUGCGGCUACUCUUCCCGUGACAUCGUGUGAGUGCGAGCGUUCAAUCGGCACAAUGAGAAGGCUAAACAAUUACAUGAGAUGUACCAUAGGUGAGAGUAGGCUUUCCUCAUUGGCUAUCAUGCAUAUCAAGUGCGAACAGAGCGGAGCAGGGGAACUGGGGGCUUAA